AUGCUCGGUCUGCUUACUUAUCGCAGAUAUUGCUAUAAACCCUUUCUGCAGCCAUUGUUUGAAUAUAGAAUAGGGCACAACUCAGCUGAAGAAGCCUACGAUGAUGACAACUGGAAUUUUGUUAAAAUCCCUUACAUACCAUGGGGCCAACUCCGCUUUGAAUAUCAUAGCAACGAAGAUGAGGAAUCUUAUGAUGAUGACAACUUCGGAAUUCACUUCGGCUAUCACGGACGCUUCGGCAAGUUUGACUUCAGAUAUCACAACGAAGAUGAGGAAUCUUACGAUGAUGACAACUUCGGAAUUCACUUCGGCUAUCACGGACGCUUCGGCAAGUUUGACUUCAGAUAUCACAACGAAGAUGAGGAAUCUUACGAUGAUGACAACUUCGGAAUUCACUUCGGCUAUCACGGACGCUUCGGCAAGUUUGACUUCAGAUAUCACAACGAAGAUGAGGAAUCUUACGAUGAUGACAACUUCGGAAUUCACUUCGGCUAUCACGGACGCUUCGGCAAGUUUGACUUCAGAUAUCACAACGAAGAAGAAGAAACAUCUGAUGAUGAUAACUGGCAAUUUGGUAUAACAGCUGACACACCAUGGGGCAAAUUCCGCAUUGGAUAUCACAGUAAUGAAGAUAGUGAUGUUGUUGUUCCAAAGUCUGAUAAAGUCAAACAACAGAAGAAGAAAUGUGAUAGCAAAAGAAGUGCAUAA